AUGGAGUCUGCUGGGCAGAACAGGAAUCUGCAGGGAAUAUCACCACAGAUUGUCAAUUUGGCUUUACAAAAUGGUAUAAUUUCACCCUCGUUAAGUGCUUCGUCUUUGCCAGCAACAUUUGAUGUCGCCUGUUCAAAUCAAGCGCCAUCAACAUCAUACAGUGCCAUUGUUCCUACUCAGCCUUUAAGCGUUCCGUUUUUCGAAACCGAAACAUUCAAAAAUGUUAAUCUGAAUGUGGCUCCAUCAUCUUUGUUGAACGGUUUGGACCUGCCAACAGAUGACGUUACGACAUUAAGGUGA